AUGAAUGCACUGAGAGAGAUCUGGCAUUACUCUCAACAGAAGGAAACCACCAAAGUUGGGACAGACUUGGAUCAUGAGAUGCAGAACAGCAUGAAACUCUUUCGAGCCCAGAGGAAUCUCUACAUCUCUGGCUUUGCCCUCUUCCUUUGGCUCAUCAUUCGUCGUCUGGUGACCCUCCUUACUGAUCUGGCCAACGCGCGUGUCGGUGCCGAUGCAGCCAUGAAGCAGGCUGCAUCUGCAUCUGAAGCUGCCAAGAGGUUCAUGGAGAGCCGGGACGUGAAGGAUGACAAUGCCAAAAAUGUCGAUCUGGAAGAAUUGAAGGAAAUGAAGGAAAAGCUGGCUGCUGCCGAGAAAGAGGCAGAGAGGAGUGGGAAGAAUUUAGAGGCCAUGAAAUCCCAGUCGGAGUCGUUGAAGAACGAAUACGAUCGGCUGUUGGGCGAAUACGAGAAGCUGGAGAAGAAGUUGGAGACCGUCCGAGGCUCCGGUGAUUCGAGCAAGAAGGACGAAUAGAGUCAUCUCUGCCCUGAAAAGUUGCUACGCCUGUGAACCCUGGAUAUCUUUACUUUCAUCCAGACUGAUCAGAACAGUGAUGGUGCUAAGAAGCCUUGCCUCCAGCCCUUGCUCUGUCUACGUCUGGGAAACUUGAUUUGUCCUCUAUGAUUCAAUAUAAAAAAAGAAACAAGAGGCUUCGAAAAGCAGGGAAUCUGUUUUUCAAGAAUGUAUGCCGGGAUAUUUUAUUUCCCUCGAGUUCUUUUCGUCUGAUGAAAGUGAUGUUCUAUAUGAUGAGAAUGUUGUGAUCUCCCUUUAAAUGUGUCAUUUCAGAUGCACCCCAACCUUUAGUCAUCUCCUACUUCCAUUGUUUUUGUUCUCAAAGGUUCAUGUUGGUUCUAAAAAUAUAAUCCUGUUGUAUGUGUAACACCUUGUUUCCAAGAUUGUUCAGCUUUUGUAUUUUUGCCAUGUGUCGGGUUUUCAUACCAUUUACCCCUAGGAUUAGAUCAUCUUUUUCGUUAGUCCUCUUUCUAUCUGGAUUGGAGUUGCAUAAAUUGACAAAUAAACAAGGGA